AUGCGGAACGAACUAGAUCAGGUUUUCGGCCAGAGUGCUGAUCUAGAUGUCCUUGAAAUGAUUGACAAAGGCGGAGAAGAGGUCGUUGCUCAGCUGAAGUACAUGUCUGCGGUCAUAAAGGAGGUUUUGCGGUUGCAUCCUCCAGCUGCGACAGCGAGAUACUCCCCUCCAGCAACCGGAUUCCACUUGGUUUUACCUGAUGGUAGCCGUAUUUGCGCCGAUGACUUGAUGCUAUACAACUGCAAUUACUUGACCCAUCGAGACCCGCAGGUCUACGGGGAAACAAAGGACUAUUUCGUCCCGGAAAGAUGGCUUGAUGUGUCAGCUACCGACCCCGAAGCCGGUGCCAAAUUUGAGAACGGUCACAUCUCCCCCUCAUCUUGGAGGCCAUUUGAGAGGGGACCUCGGAAUUGCGUCGGGCAAGAACUAGCCAAUAUUGAGGCCAAGGUGAUUCUUGUCGUUCUUGUCGGCCGAUACGACUUCGUUAAGCAAGGACUGGGCAGUCCUAUUCUCAGAGCAAAUGGCGAUCCACUGCUGGACGCGAAAGGAAGGCACAUCACUGAGUCGGAUGUCUACAAUUCUCGACAGAUUACCGCACAGCCAGUUGAUGGAAUGAGAGUUAGGGCAAUCCGCAGGACAAUGUAG